CAAAAGAAGACAAAAGAAACAAUUCAGUUGUUAACUUUACCUUUGGGGUUUCCUUCACAAUUUGUAGUCAAAAUGUAUUAGGAAUAUUUUGUAUGUAUAUAUUCUUUGAAAAGUCAGAAGACCACAAAUAAAUUUUUUCUUUUUAAUUUUAUCACAUUAAAAAUUUUCUGUAUAUGAGCUCUAUGCAGGCCCAUCAUGCGAUGCCUGAUUUCCGGUGCCGGAAUAACUGUCAACACAAGGAGUGCCAGCGCCAUGCACCACUUGGAAUCAUUGAUCAGCACACCCAAUGCAAGUGUCUGGGCGAGGUGAAUGCCUCAUCGAUAUUCCUGGAAAACGUACUGGACUUAGCUAAUACAUUAGCACAGAUUAUGAUUAUAUGCGGAUUGCACGAGUGCAAGGCCAAGUCAACCGUCGACAUUAUAACGUAUGCCUUUCUGCACUAUGAUCAGGUAUGUUACUGCAUCGAUACGGUCCCCAAGAAACGACUUCGCAAAGAGGAUCUCUUCCACGAGCUGGGCAAGAAGUCCCUGAUGAACAAGGUGGAGGCACAUCUGGCCUACAACAUCAUCAAGCGCGGCUUCAAAGCCUUCUACUAUGAGCCGAAUCAGGAGCUAACCUACGACGACCAGGGCAGACCCAGCUACAACGAUGAGUGCGUCUGGGUACAUGCCGCACGCAAGAGUGCCGAGAGUUAUGCACGCUUCGACGGCCUCUCCUGCAACGAGCAGUUGGCCUACGAGGCGAAAAUCAAGAUUGCCUACAAGAAGUUCUACGAUCGUAUGCAGACACGCAAGCGGCAGCCAGAGGGUGAUGAUUGCAACUGUUGUUUCUGUGCCAAGAAGCGGGGACAUCUUGUCUACGCCAAGGAGCCGGUGCCUUGCAGUACCAAGCGCAAGCCGAAGCAUGUGUGCCCUUACUGCUGCAAGAAGAAGCAGAAGCAGCAGUAUACGCAUCCCGCCCGCCAGCUCGGCAAGUGCCCCAAGUGCCACAAGUUACGCAAGUUCUGCUGCUGCACCAAGAUGGACUUCAAUUUGCAAUGGGUGAAGAGUAUCUGGGAUCGCCCCGAUUUCAAUCAGUAUUAUAAGAACGAAAUUUCCGAGAUCGAGCAGCGUCUUAUAAAGGGAGCAUGCUGGCUGCCGCCAGAGCCGAUUGCCGCGGACUUUGCCGAAGAAGAGGGCGAGGAGGAGGGCGAAUAUUCGCCCGAAGCCCAAUUGGCUCUAGGUGGCAGGAGCGUAGGAAAACCACCCAAAGAUGACGAAAAAGAAGAGGAAGCGCCGGCACCCUCGAUUGGUACCGAAAAUACUGCUGAAUCUGCGGCCGAAGCAAAGGAUGGGGAGGAAUAAAUUUUCAAUGCUUAAUAAUGAACUAUUUUAGGCAUAAAUCAAAAUUACCUAAACUUAUAAAAAUAAAUCUAAAUGCAGUUGUUGACUCAUAAA